AACGGCGGGCCGCGGAGGGCGGGCGGGGGCCACGGGUUUCCCUUUCUCUGCAAGUGUACAGCGCUGAGCAAGAACACCUCCCCCCUCCCACUCGGGUGGUAGUCGCGAGAGGAGAUAGUAUAAAACUGACAGCUCGGGCCGCAACGCGGUUCAGUGGAACAGUGGACCCGCGAAGUGCUUCGUUCCGAGGCGGUAGCUCAUAUCUGUACAGGGAUCAGACAGGAGAGUUCCGUUGCUCGUGUGCAGUGUGUGUGUGGGUCGACAUUCUUCGUCAGUGAACUCCGGUCCUGCGUCAUGUCGCGUCGCUCCGGCAACUUUUCGACGAUGCUCUUUCUCCUGCUGAGGACGUCUGUUGUCUUGGUUACGACGUGCGUCGCUUCUCACGGCGCCCCCGUGCAGUCCGACACUCAAGCCAUGAUCUAUUUGUCACAAUUUGGCUACCUGAAUCCCAAGGUCCGGAACCCAAGUUCCGGUACAAUCAUUGCAGCCGACACCAUGAAGAAGGCCAUCAUCGAGUUCCAGGCAUUCGCCGGGCUCAACAUCACAGGCGAACUGGAUCGCGAGACAGCGGAGACAAUGAGCUUGCCCCGGUGCGGGGUGCGAGACAAGGUGGGCUACGCCAGCGACUCCCGCAGCAAGAGAUACGCUUUGCAAGGCAGUCGGUGGCGAGUGAAGGAGCUGUCUUACAAGAUCGCCAAGUAUCCGAAGAAUCUGGACCACGGAAAAGUGGACGUUGAGCUCGCCAAGGCUUUCCAAGUUUGGGCGGAUCAAACGGAUCUCACGUUCGUCAGGAAGACGAAGGGCCAGGUUCACAUCGAAAUUCGAUUUGAGAAGGGAGAGCACGGAGAUGGCGAUCCUUUCGAUGGACCCGGCGGAACCUUGGCACACGCUUACUUCCCCGUGUACGGAGGAGACGCGCAUUUCGACGACGCAGAGAACUGGUCCAUCGGCAGCUACAGAGGCACGAACCUGUUCCAAGUUGCUGCCCACGAGUUCGGCCACUCACUUGGGCUCUCACACUCGGAUGUGAAGACGGCGCUGAUGGCCCCCUUUUAUCGGGGCUAUGAACCGCACUUCCAGCUGGAUGUGGACGACAUCCAAGGCAUCCAGGCCCUGUACGGCAAGAAAGCGAGCAAGACUCCUAUGUCGACUGGUGUCAAGACGACUACAACAGAAUCUUCUGUCCCGUCCGGCGAAGACGCUGAGCUUUGUAAUGAUGCAUCCGUAGACACAGUGUUCAGAUCUGCGGAAGGAGUAACGUACGCCUUCAAGGGUGACCACUACUGGAAGCUGACGGAUGACGGUAUUGCAGCCGGAUACCCGAAGACCAUCUCCAGGAGCUGGCAAGGCCUCCCAGGACAUAUCGAUGCCGCAUUUACCUAUCGGAACGGAAAGACGUACUUCUUCAAAGGUUCCCAGUACUGGCGGUAUGUUGGUAAGAAGGUGGACGGCGAUUACCCCAAGCAGAUCUCGGACGGCUUCACAGGAAUUCCUGACAACGUAGACGCUGCUGUCGUGUGGAGCGGAAAUGGGAAGAUAUAUUUCUUUAAGGGAAGCAAGUUCUGGCGCUUUGACCCGUCACAGAAACCGCCCGUCAAGAGCACUUACCCGAAGCCUCUGUCCAACUGGGAGGGAAUCCCCGACAACCUGGACGCUGCCCUCCAGUACACCAACGGAUACACGUAUUUCUUCAAACGCGGCCAGUACUACCGAUUCAACGACAGGACGUUCUCGGUCGACACGGCUGAUCCAGCCUUCCCACGACCUGCUGGCUACUGGUGGUUCGGCUGCAAGGCAGAGUCCAGCGGCAAAAGCGAUGGUAAAGGAUGGUUCCUCACUGGGUCAUCGUACCCCGGGCUGUCAGGGGCUGAGGUUGGGGAUACAUCGCGGACAUCCUACCGGGGGGAUGACGCAGAUCCCCAUAGCUCGGACGUGGAUGAUCUCAUUUUAGACGCAGGUCUAGUUCAGACCGUGCUAAAGUUCUUUUCAGGUCUAUUUAACAAAUAAAUGACACGAAGGAUCCAAACACAGAAAAUUAACAACUGAAUUUCGCAUACCACCAGGUAAACGCCGUCGUAACAAAAGACAUUAACAGUAAGAGAGCCCUAGUGACAAUUUCGAACACAGGAAUAGACAAUUCUACAUCAAACAACAUUUUGGGUUACAGCGCGGAAAGACUCCCAAGUGGAGGGGACGGACAUUUAGAAACGAUAAAACCCCCACGAAAGUAAGUUGAGGCAGCGUAUGAAAUGUACGCGGUAAAUGGCGGUAAAGUGCAAAGCAGGCAGAGCGAGGUAAGCUGUCGAGUGAGAUGGGGAACCACCCCCUAAUUGUGAUCGAUUAAUCAAACAGCUGACGCGAAAUCUGACCCUCAAGACGAAAAGAUGAACAGCGGCAGCUGUGCGACUGCGCGGAACAGCGUGCUGGCGAUCGGGGUGGCCGCUCUGAUUGCGCUUGCGUGGAGCAGAUCGUCCUGAGUGACCAGGCACCAGCCAGCCGGCCAGCUGAUCUCUAAUUUAUUCCGCCGUUGAGUGGAGUCCGCGACAUGACACAGCUCAGGUAUAUACAGGCAGUGCGCCAACCAGUAGGAUGCGUGAUGGCGUGCGCAGUGUUCCUGGACGACACGAUGCACCACCACGAGGGAGCCAGGCAAUGAAAUCUCUUCGCACAUGCCAACAAAAAUUAUGUCAUUUUCCAAAACGCGCGAGUAAGAGCUUUAAUUAUGUGGAAUUUAAGAGAAAGGGUCUCAUGUGUGUGUAUAUUAUUAUAAAUAUCUUUUACUGGGCCAUCAUCAAGUCCGGGUGUUUAUAUACCUUGCUUCCUUUCUUUUGGUCGAUGUACGUUGUCGCAAAUACAAUUUUUUUUUCGACGUUCAGCAGACGUCCGACAGAAAACGAUGUCUUAAAUUACUUCGCCGAAAUGGAAUAGACCUCUUAAAAUUAUGCGUUGGAAACCUUGGUUUGGUCUGUCCUUUCUUCGUAGAAAACUAUCAAAUUCUGAUGUCUCAUUUAUCGAUACAAUUUAAAAAUAAUGCUUAUCGGAUAGUAAAAUUGGAGAUACGUUUCAAUUAUAUCGUAGUAUGUGGAAUUUUGUAAAAUUUCUGGUAUCCAGAAAUUUUCGAGCCUCUAAUACUACAGACCUCGUGUUGUUUAAUCUACAGUUUUAAGACCCUUCACGAGAUGCAUCCAUUUCGCAAAUAUUUAUUAUCUGCCUGUAUUAGGUGCUCAUGAAUCACACUGUUUAAGACAAAAUUGCUUUUCCUGAGUAAACUCAUGCGAUAGUAACGCACGACUCGAACACUGCCACGUCAUCAUGUCCCCUGGCUGGCUAUACAGACCUGUGUUGCAGCUACUUAUGGAAACCAGACAAAGAAUUCCUUUUCUACUGUGAUAAUGGGGAACAAUAUUUAAAAUCUGGUUUCAUUCACAAAUGUGCAUAAGAGUUUAAGUAAGCAGUUUAAGUGUACUUAAAACUGGCCUGCUCAGUGAAGCUGCAAUGUGCAUACAUCAACAUCCUGUCUUCUGCGAUGGGCUGCCCUUAACCCCCCCCCUCUGCGUCACAUGUGACAAACCGGACGCAACGUGAAGACAGAAGGGUCAGCCUUGGAUGUGCCUUACAGCAGCUAAUUGAUGACAGAGGGCUCCUACAGCAAUGAGCGUACACGUGUCCGUCACGUGGGAUAGGUCAGGUGUGUGAUGCGAACAUAACUCUACAGUAGCUAGUCGGGAUUCGAACCCGACCACUCACAUAGAUAACAGCUCAUGAUUCGUGAUCACAUAAGUAAUUUUUGCAAAGAAAAAGAUUUCAUGCAAACGACAAGCUGUCCGCGCGAAACUCAUGCCAAAGGACGUGACAUGACGUGGGUCAUCUAUGUAAGUGGUCAACGAUGUGACGUAUAGUCAGGUCUGCUGGGAACAAUAACCGACUCCCAGCUUAGCUUUGCCUCGGAUUGCCACAUCAUGUUGUUAUACUAUAUCAGAAACAGACUGUACUUUACUUUGCUCGUGCAGACUACAGUCUGCGAUGCUUAGUGUGUGUGAACCGAAUGUUAUGGGGGCAAAAGAGACUUUGUGUGCGUAUGUAAAGAAUGCCUGAGAGUGUGACUGAUGUGUAUACAAAAUGGGACCACAGUAAAUUUGUACGUAGUGUAGUUCAUCAUCACAUCUGUUAAACGCCUCCUCAAACACUAUGACUCACUUACUAUGAUCAUCAUUAUUAUUAUUAUUAUGUAAAAUAUAAGAAACAAUUAAAAUAUUUUAAUUACAACAAA